CAGCAGACAGAAGAGCAGCAUGAGGCCUGAGAACCAGAGCAGCGUGUCCCAGUUCCUCCUCCUGGGGCUCCCCAUCCCACCAGGGCAGCAGGGCGUGUUCUUCACCCUGUUCCUGGGCAUGUACCUGACCACGGUGCUGGGCAACCUGCUCAUUAUCCUGCUCAUCAGGCUGGACUCUCGCCUGCACAUGCCCAUGUACUUCUUCCUCAGCCACUUGGCCUUCUCUGACAUUUCUCUCUCAUCUGUCACUGUCCUUAAGAUGCUCAUGAACAUGCAGACUCAGCAACAAUCCAUCUCCCAUGUGGGAUGCAUUUCUCAAAUGUAUUUUUUCAUGUUUUUUGGUACUCUUGACAAUUGUCUUCUGGCUGUGAUGGCAUAUGACAGGUAUGUGGCCAUCUGUCACCCUCUGCACUACAUCACCAUCAUGAGGGAGGGCCUGUGUCUGCUGCUGGUGGCUGGCUCCUGGAUUCUCUCCUGUGGCGUUGCCCUUUUGAACACCCUCCUCUUGGUCCAACUGUCUUUCUGUGCUGACAAUACCAUCAUUCACUACUUCUGUGAUCUCGCUGCACUCCUGAAGCUAAGCUGUUCGGACACCUCCCUCAAUGAGCUGGCCAUAUUCACCGAGGGAGGGAUGAUUUUAUUUUUGUGUUUUGGUGUUAUUUUGGGCUCCUAUAUCCGUAUAGGGACCCUCAUAUUGAGGGUCCCCUCCACUAAGAGACUCUCUAAAGCCUUGUCUACCUGUGGCUCCCAUCUCUCUGUGGUGUUGUUAUACUAUGGGACAGCUGUAGGUGUUUACUUUUUCUCCUCAGCAUGGAGUUACAAAGACAUAAUUGCUUCGAUCAUGUAUACAGUAGUUACCCCCAUGCUGAACCCCUUCAUCUACAGCCUGAGAAACAGAGAUAUAAAACAGGCCUUAGACAUGUGUGUCAAUAGGGUUAAGUUCUUUAAGUGGCAAUAUUAAAUCCUCUUAUUGCAGUCAGAAACACAGGGAAAUAUAUCUCCUAAAAUUACUAAAUAGUCCACAUCUCCAUAUAAUUUUAAUAGAAUAUCCAUUCUCUUGUCAUGUAUGGUGUGGUUAAUAUGUAAACUAGGUCAAGUUUGCUACAUGGAUUGUUAGUAAUGUUAUAGUCCCAAUUAUUAAUUGUUGCUUAUUCAUCACCUCAUAAGAUAUAUGCAAAAUCUUAUGCAAAAUAUAUUGCA